AUGAGUGUAUUACUUUCAGAUAUGGACGAUAUAUUCGACCAAACAAGUGAUGAUUUGACUAUUGCUCGGCGCGAAACGGAGUUAAUCGAAUCCCGUCGUUAUAAAGAUGGAUUUCGUGAAGGACUUGAAACGAGUGAACAAGAUGCAUUCGAGAGUGGAUUUAUUCGUAGUUAUUCGCUAAUAGCAUCGUUAGUUUAUGAUUACAACUUCGAAAAAGAACGUCUGCGACUGCGAAAUUCUGCACUGAUUCAAGAGAUUCAACAAUUUGAAAAUGAAUUUCAAUUGACGAUCACUCAAUUGAAAAGUCCUGAUGAAAUCAAUGAAGAACAACAGAUUGAGAGUGUAAAAAAACUACGAAUACAAUUUGAUGAACUUCUAUUGAAAAUUAAACUCGAAUCGAUAUCAAUGAACUCAAACUAA